AUGGUAACACCCGAGCAAGCUGCCCUUAUCGAGGGGGCGUUCCGUUCGAUGGACCGUGACGGUACGGGGCUGGUGCGACUUGAGGAUAUUUUCCGUGUCUUCGAUGACUCGAGACAUCCUCGUGUUCGCGACGGUGAGCUGGCUCCAGCAGCGACGCGUGACAUGCUGAUGCACCAGUUUGGCGCAACCGCGCAGGCACACGGUGGCGUCUCGUUUGAUGUGUUCAUGCGCUUCCACGAACGUAUGGCCGAAGAUGCAGCUGUUGCGAAGGUGAAUGAUAAAGAGUUGUUCCUCACGGACACCAUAAUUGGUGUCUGGCGCCUGGGCACGCUCCUUCAACCGACCCUCAUUCGACCUCUCUUUCCCGUUAAUGUUCGUCCAAGCGGAUUAUACGCAACUCAGUACAUGUCACUUGUGUGGGUAGACGAAGUCGCUGGUCCGGGGUCGUUCGUUGUACACGUCGUUCGCGAUGUUGUGCGGCCGAUAUUCUCCCGGGGUGACCUACCGCCACAGUUACGUGGCAUGUUCGCCUACCCGACAGAACUUGCAGGCAUGAAGAUUAUCGAGGAGCGCUUGCAGAUCGCCACCCAACGAUGGCUGGACUUUGUGUGGGAAUACGAAGAAGGCAAGCACGCUGCCGUUCCUGGCAUUAUAUCGGCUCGCGUCGAUCCCGAUACGCUUCCACAGUACCUCCGUGACAUGAUUGUGGAACAUGAUGUGGCAAAAGCGAUACCUUCGCUGUUCUUUGUGCCAACAUCUGUGGCUGUUAACCCCAUGUACAAGCGUUCAAGCGAGGAGUAUGGCUACGGAGUUCCUGAAGAAGUAAAGCGUAUGAGCAGGUGGAAGGACCUUACCUAUUCUGGUCAGGCGUGUGGGCUGAUAUACCAUGGCCGCGUGGGAAAGUUCACAAGGGAACGGCUGAACGCGCCCGUACAGGAUGUGGCUAGUGCAAUGAACAUUUGA